AAGACAGCACUGUCUACCCUGAGGAGAAGCGUGAAGAUAUGCGACGCCUGCUCUGUAGUUUUUCAAAGGGACUCCGAAAUCCAAUCAGCAUUUCAGAUAGUCUACUCUUUUACGAAUGAUGACGAAGCUAAGUUAAGAGCAGUUGUGAAGACGAUAUUCGGUUACGACAUGAGCUCCGAAUGCGUCAGCGGCCACGUAAAUAUUUUCAAAUGGAAUGUAUUCCCCUUCUUUCUUCACCUUACGCUACCAAUCACUCCUGUCUAUGUGGCCAUCCUUGUACUUAGAAGAUUAACUGCCACAAAAUUGCAAAAUGAAGAAACAAUCUCCAAAAGUUCUCGUCGCCUUCAGUCGCAGUUGCUCCAGGUGAAUUUUUCUAUACAUGCAAAAUUACAGUUGGGUAUAUUGAGAACACUGCCUCAGCAGAUGAAUAGUGAUAAUUUUCUUUCAUGUACUGGGCGAGCGCUCUUCGUACAGGCUUGUCUGCCAAUUUUCUUCUUAUUUGCAGCAAUCACGUCUGCGACGGGACAGUUGAACAUCUAUCACCAUCCAAUACUUGAACACCUUACCCUCAUAUUAAUGGCAUUUGCUCCGAUGUUGACACCUCUUACAUCUCUGUACUUCAUCGGCCCGUAUAGAGUUUGGAUGCUGAGGACGUUCUUUCCUCGCAAAAAGGCCAUAAUGAUUGCACCAUCGCCAUCAGGUAGCACUGCACCAACGGUAUCAUGCAACCCUCAGAAUGCGUGA